AUGGAGAAUGGCGGUGUCUCCCCUGUUUCUCAAACAGAGGCGGGUGAUAAAGAGAAGGUUGAUGUGAUCAAUGAAGAGAAAUCGCUACUAGAGGCUGAGCUUGCACAGGUCGAAGAAGACAUUCAAACACUCAGAGAAACUCUUGCAGUGAAAAUACGUCGUUCUAAUGAACUCAAAAAGCGUUUGGGUUACACCACACUUUCCACCAUACAACAUGAUCUCGUGGAGGGACUCCAUAAGCUAGAAGACACAGAAGCAUACAUUAAAACUAGUGAAUUUCUCGGUAAAGCCAAGGACAAAACAGUUUUAGCUGCACAAGAAGCAAAGGAGAAGGUGGAAUCUACCUUCAGCGCCAUAAAACAAGUUGUUACCUGUGCCUCUGUGUUUCGUGCCGAUUUUUAA